AUGCCGGUUGCAAACUUCGUCAAGGCUGUUGACGGGACCAAAUCCUCCACCGAGUCCCUGGGCUCAACCACUCUUUGCCCCAGCUCGUGCCCGUCGGACCAUGAGCUCGACGAGCCCAAACCUCGAUCGACUACGGGACGAGCAUCUCAGAGCACCGACCUGGAAGGUGCUGACACGGCCACGGCCACGGAAGACGGCGACGACGCCGAUUUCCCCGAUGGCGGUCUUGAAGCAUGGCUCGUCGUGCUGGGCGGCUGGUGCGCCGCCUUUUGCACCUUUGGGCUGCUCAACUGCUCCGGCGUGUUUGUCGAAUACUACGCCUCUGGACCUCUGAUGAACCACGACGCCGCCGCCAUCAGCUGGAUCACGGCCGCCCAGGCGUUCCUCAUGAUAUCCGCCAGCACGGUUGUAAGUGUGCCCUCUACCCUCCCCGUUGCUCCUCCCAAGAUGUUUCUAACCCUGUGGUCUUGUAUUUCCCCUCCCCAACAGUGCGGGCAAGUCUUUGACAACUACGGGCCGAGGUGGCUCCUGGGGCCCGGCGCAGUCGUCCUGCUCUUGGGCCUGGUGACGAUGUCGUUCUGCACAGAGUACCACGAGUUCUUCCUCGCGCAGUCGGUCGCCGCGGGGCUCGGCUCCAGCGCCGUCUUCAGCGCGUCCACGUCGUGCGUGGUGUCGUGGUUUUCGAGGCGCCGCUCCACCGCGUACGGCGUCACGGCCGCCGGGGGCUCCGUGGGCGGCGUCGUGCUGCCCGUCAUGAUGGACCGCCUCAUCCGCCGCUUCGGCUUCCCCUGGAUGGUGCGCGCGCUGGCGUGUGUAUUCUUCGCCUUGCUGGCCGUCGCCUGCUGCACCGUCAGGGCGAGACUGCCGCCGCGCCCGCGCCCGUUCAGGCUCGUGGAUUGCCUUGGCGCUCUGCGAGAUGUCCGCCUGGCCGCCACGACGGUGGCCUUCUUCUUCUUCAUGGUUGGAAUGUGGCUGCCGUUCAACUUUGCUCUGCUGCAGGCCGGGGCCGCCGGCGUCCCAGCGAAUCUGAUUCCGUAUCUGCUGCCGGUUCUCAAUGCUGCAAGUAUAUUUGGCCGCAUCAUUCCGGGCAUGGCGGCCGAUAAACUGGGCCGCUUCAACGUCAUGAUCGUCAUCGGCUUCCUCUCUGCUCUUUCCUGCCUGGCCGUCUCGAUACCCGUGAGAAACACGGCCGGCAUCGUCGUGUUCUUGGCUCUAUUUGGCUUCUCCUCGGGCGCAUUCAUCUCCCUGUCGCCCACCCUCAUUGCUCAGAUCUCCGACAUGAGCCAAAUCGGCACACGGGUCGGCACGGCCUACGCAGUCAUGUCCCUUGGCGCCCUGGUAGGAAGCCCUGUCGGCGGCGCCAUCGUUGCCGCAGACGACGGCAGCUACCUGGGCUUGCAGCUCUUUUGCGGCCUUUGUCUUUUGGCCUCGACGUGUACCUUUGUCGUGGUGAGGUUUCUACUGGUUGGUUGCAAAUUAUCCGCCGUGUAA